CUUGAGAACUGGUCAUUUAAUCUGAGACUCAAGAUGGCGGGCGGGCUACUAGUUCUCGCUCUUCUUCUUCUGUUGGGAGGUUCGGUGCCUUACGUCAGCAGCCAGGAAUGUGCUGGAAGCACCACAAACAUCGCCCUGAACCGCCCUGCGACCCAGUCUAGUACCAAAUACCAAGGGGCUGCCGGCCGAGCUGUGGACGGGGACGUUAGCCCUCGCUACGCCGAGAACUCCUGCACCCACACGGCAAAAGAAUCCAACCCGUGGUGGCAAGUCGACCUGGGUAAGAGUCAGUGCGUGGAUCGAGUCGUCGUCACCAACCGAGAAGAUUGCUGCUCCAAAAGGCUGGAAGGGUUCACGGUUCACGUGGGCGACAACCCCGACGUGUAUAAGAACCCGACCUGUGGGGGUCCGCAGUCUGUGGGUGGCAAAAAACUCAUCGAGGUGGACUGUGGUGGAAAGACGGGCCGAUAUGUGGGCAUCACUUUGAGUGGUAAAAGGAGGACUCUUACGCUAUGCGAAGUGCAGGUCUUUGGAGGAAGUUCAGCAGCUAAAGCAAAAUCCGCACCGAAAGUCAGCUCUGCACCACCUGAUUCUGGAAGCUGUGCCGUCACCACCACGAACAUCGCCCUGAACAAAAAAACGACCCAGUCUAGUACUAGAUACGGAGGGGCUGCCGGCCGAGCUGUGGACGGGGACGUUAGUCCUCGCUACGCCGAGAACUCCUGCACCCAUACCGCAAAAGAGUCCAACCCUUGGUGGCAAGUCGACCUGGGCAAGAGUCAGUGUGUGGGUCGAGUCGUCGUCACCAACCGGGAAGACUGCUGCUCGGAGAGGCUGGAAGGGUUCACUGUUCACGUGGGGGACAACCCCGACGUGUUUAAAAACCCAACCUGUGGGGGACCGCAGUCUGCGGGUGGCAAAAAACUCAUCGAGGUGGACUGUGGUGGAAAGACGGGCCGAUAUGUGGGCAUCACUUUGAGUGGUAAAGGGAGGAUUCUUACGCUAUGCGAAGUGCAGGUCUUUGGAGGAAGUUCAGCAGCUAAAGCAAAAUCCGCACCGAAAGUCAGCUCUGCACCACCUGAUUCUGGAAGCUGUGCCGUCACCACCACGAACAUCGCCCUGAACAAAAAAACGACCCAGUCUAGUACUAGAUACGGAGGGGCUGCCGGCCGCGCUGUGGACGGCGACGUUAGCCCUCGCUACGCCGAGAACUCCUGCACCCAUACGGCAAAAGAAUCCAACCCUUGGUGGCAAGUCGACCUGGGCAAGAGUCAGUGUGUGGAUCGAGUCGUCGUCACCAACCGGGAAGACUGCUGUUCGAAUAGGCUGGAAGGGUUCACGGUUCACGUGGGCGACAACCCCGACGUGUAUAAGAACCCGACCUGUGGGGGUCCGCAGUCUGUGGGUGGCAAAAAACUCAUCGAGGUGGACUGUGGUGGAAAGACGGGCCGAUAUGUGGGCAUCACUUUGAGUGGUAAAAGGAGGACUCUUACGCUAUGCGAAGUGCAGGUCUUUGGAGGAAGUUCAGCAGCUAAAGCAAAAUCCGCACCGAAAGUCAGCUCUGCACCACCUGAUUCUGGAAGCUGUGCUUUGACUACCACGAACAUCGCCCUGAGCAAAAAAGCGACCCAGUCUAGUACUAAAUACCGAGGGGCUGCCGGCCGAGCUGUGGACGGGGACGUUAGCCCUCGCUACGCCGAGAACUCCUGCACCCACACGGCAAAAGAAUCCAACCCUUGGUGGCAAGUCGACCUGGGCAAGAGUCAGUGUGUGGGUCGGGUCGUCGUCACCAACAGGGAAGACUGCUGUUCGAAUAGGCUGGAAGGGUUCACGGUUCGCGUGGGAGACAACCCCGACGUGUUUAAAAACCCGACCUGUGGGGGUCCACAGUCUGUGGGUGGCAAAAAACUCAUCGAGGUGGACUGUGGUGGAAAGACGGGCCGAUAUGUGGGCAUCACUUUAAAGGGCAGAAGGAGGACUCUUACACUGUGUGAGGUGCAGGUAUAUGGAGCAAGGGAAGUACCUAAAAGUAUAGCCAGCAAGUCACCAGCGGGACCGAAUCAAUGUGCUGGGGGCACCACCAACAUCGCCCUAAACAAACCUGCGGAACAGUCGAGUGUGAGAUUCCGUGGAGCUGCCGGCCGUGCAGUAGACGGGAACGAUAGCCCCUACUACAAACAUAACACCUGCACCCAUACGGCAAAGGGACCCAAUCCCUGGUGGCGAGUCGACCUGGGCAAGAGCGAAUGCGUGGAUCGGGUGGUCGUCACCAACCGGAAAGACUGCUGCAAGUACCGGCUGAACGGCUUCACAGUUUACGUGGGAGACAACCCGGACGUGACGUCCAACCCGUCCUGUGGGGGAGCGCAGUCCGUGGUAGGCAAGGACGUCAUCACGGUGAACUGUGGCGGCCUGACGGGCCGAUAUGUGGGGAUCGCUCUGAAGGGCGCCAAGAAAGUCCUUACACUCUGUGAGGUGAAGGUCUUUGGAGGAGUACCCACACCUAAAGUCGAAAAGGCACCGCCGAAACUUGGACAAUGUGCUGCAAGUACCAAGAACAUCGCCCUGAACCGCCAAGCGGAACAGUCGAGUAUUGCAUAUCGAGGGGCGCCCGGCCGCGCAGUAGACGGGGACGAUAGCCCCUUGUACCGCGACAGGUCCUGCACCCAUACGAAAACAGAAGCUAAUCCUUGGUGGCGAGUCGACCUGGGCAAGAGCGAGUGUGUGCAUCAGGUGGUCGUCACCAACCGGAAAGACUGCUGCUCCAACAAGUUGAACGGCUUCACAGUUUACGUGGGAGACAACCCGGACGUGACGUCCAACCCGUCCUGUGGGGGAGCACAGUCCGUGAAAGGGAAGGACGUCAUCACGGUGAACUGUGGCGGCCUGACGGGCCGAUAUGUGGGGAUCGCUCUGAAGGGCCGGAGAAGAGUUCUAACGCUCUGUGAGGUGGAAGUCAUUGGAGGUACCCCAGCACCUAAGACGCCAGCGAAAAUUGGACAAUGUGCUGGAAGCACCACGAACAUCGCCCUAAAACAGCAAACGACCCAGUCCAGUACUGCCUUUAAGGGCGCUCCCGGCCGGGCUGUAGACGGGAACCGUAACGCCAUCUAUGCGCAGAAGUCCUGUUCCCAUACGGCAAUGGAACGUAACCCAUGGUGGCGUGUGGACCUGGGCAGCAGCCAGUGUGUGGAUCGGGUGGCUGUCGUCAAGCGGCAACGCUGCUGUGGGCAAUGGCUAGAAGGCUUCCAGGUUUAUGUAGGUGACAACCCAAACGUGAUGGAAAAUCCCAAGUGUGGCGGGUUGCAGUCUGUUGAAGGGAAGGACGUCAUCACGGUGAACUGUGGCGGACUGACGGGCCGGUAUGUGGGGAUCGCUCUGCCGGGCAAGAGGCAGUACCUCAUCCUGUGUGAAGUGGAGGUGUACGGAGGUUCAGAGGGUAAAGUUGAAAAGGUCGAAGAGACAGGUACAUCACUGGCGCUGCAGCCACCUAAACCAGAAGCACCGCCAGCUAAAAUCGCCAAGGAACCGCCUAAACUAGGACAAUGCGCUGGAGGUACCACGAACAUCGCCCUAAACCAACAAACGACCCAGUCCAGUACUGCCUUUAAGGGCGCUCCCGGCCGGGCUGUAGACGGGAACCGUAACGCCAUCUAUGCCCAGAAGUCCUGUUCCCAUACGGCAAUGGAACGUAAUCCAUGGUGGCGUGUAGACCUGGGCAGCAGCCAGUGUGUGGAUCGGGUGGCUGUCGUCAAGCGGCAACGCUGCUGUGGGCAAUGGUUGGAAGGCUUCCAGGUUUACGUAGGUGACAACCCAAACGUGAUGGAAAAUCCCAAGUGUGGCGGGUUACAGUCUGUAAAAGGGAAGGACGUCAUCACGGUGAACUGUGGCGGACUGACGGGCCGGUAUGUGGGGAUCGCUCUGCCGGGCAAGAGGCAGUACCUCAUCCUGUGUGAAGUGGAGGUGUACGGAGGUUCAGAGGCUAAAGUUGAAAAGGUCGAAGAGACAGGUACAUCACUGAUACCGCAGGCACCUAAACCAGACCCUUGCAAGAACGCGGAGUGUCAGAAUGACGCAACGUGUGAACCCGACGGUGAAAGCUUCAAGUGUAUCUGUCCCAAAGGAUAUGCAGGGACCAAGUGCGAAACAAACGUUGACGACUGUGUAGACAACCCUUGUCAGAACGAGGGAACUUGUGAAGACGGACUGGACGGUUUUACCUGCAUCUGUCCUAAAGGAUUUGCAGGCAACUUGUGUGAAACCAACGUUGACGACUGUGCAGACAACCCAUGUCAGAACGACGGAACUUGCCAAGACGGAGUUGACGGUUUUACCUGCAUCUGUCCUAAAGGAUUUGCAGGCAACUUGUGUGAAACCAACGUUGACGACUGUGCAGCCAACCCUUGUCAGAACGAGGGAACUUGCCAAGACGGAGUGGACGGUUUUACCUGCAUCUGUCCUAAAGGAUUCGCAGGCAACCUUUGCGAAACUAACGUUGACGACUGUGCAGACAACCCUUGUCAAAACGACGGAACUUGCCAAGACGGAGUGGACGGUUUUACCUGCAUCUGUCCUAAAGGAUUUGCAGGCAACUUGUGUGAAACCAAUAUUGACAACUGCACCCCCAACCCUUGUCAGAAUGGCGGGACAUGUAAUGACUUGGUGAACGCUUUCCUGUGCAGCUGUAAGAAUGGAUACGGUGGAAACCUGUGCGAGAUAGGACCUCUGCCUCCGCCGGUACCCCCAGCACCGAAGCCAAAAGUCCAGCCGGCCGCCCAGCCGAAACCAGCCGCCGGUGUCAUCAUCACUAUCGGAGGAGCCAACCCCGGACGAAAUUCCGGGUAUGCAGGAGAUGGCGCCAUCAACGUCAUCAACAACCAGAUCUCUGUGUACGGCAAGAAAGGGUGCGGCUGCACCACGCCUAACUGCGCCUGUCCUGUUAAGAAGGAAACGGACUCCUCAAAAGCGGAUGAUCUGUCUAAGGUAGUCCAACAGCGCCUGCGAGGCUCCGUGAAGCAACCCGAAGAUGACGCCUCCAACUUUAACGAGUUGGACACCGUUGAGACCGUCUAUGAACCAGUCGACAAUGAGAUGGCGCUCUCCGAUGACGAAACCGCUUACGAGCAAGAAGCUCGGGAAGAGCAAGGUGAUUUGGAAGAACAGCUGGAAGAUGACCUCGCCGUUUCUGAUGACGAAUCGGUUCUCCAGGAGGAAGGUACACUGGCGGUGCUGAACAGAAAACUGCACAAACUAGAUGAACUGCUGAGGUCCACUCAAUAGCGGCAUCUUGCGAAAUAAUGCGGUACUGCAGAAUUGUCCCUUAAACAGAGAUGAUCUGGCUUAGUUGGUUACGCUUGUUUUUGGGAAGAGCAGAUUAAAAGACAUACUUUGUUGUAUAUGAAAUAUGGACCACUCGGAAAGGACAGAAAUUGAAGGAAGAACACGUAAUGCACUAAGCAAACAUCUGCUAGAAAAGUAGAAAUUUUCUUCUUAUUAUUUUGCUGGAAUUCUCUAACAUUGGAUCAGAAUUAGUUAGGUGUGGUACUUUUUUUGCGCUUAGUUUGUAUUUGUUUCUGUUCUCAAGUCGAUUUCUGUCAACAAAGAAAUGUAACGCCCAGUUGUGUCGUAGAAGUAGACUUUUCGAUGAUUUACGAGAUUUAUAUGAGUGACGACCUGGAGGUCAAGGGACUAGGUAGGUAGGUAGGUAGGUAUAUGAGUACUAAUAUACGACAUUUACUAAUAAGAAGAGUUAAUUUCAUAGGGCUAGAUAUCUUCGAUUUAACCAUAAUUCAACUUGCAUAAACAUUCAUGCAUGUAUUGCAAGACUCAGGGAUCAUAGUACAGGGUAAAUGAAUGUAUCUAAAAAGUACUGAACAAAUCAUAAAUAUAUACGGCACUAGAAUGACAGCUAGCUACUCUAUGUACUAGGUAAUACAGAUCUAGACCUUUGACAUUACUACUGUAACAGUAGUCUUCUUCAGAAUUCAGGUGACUAUCCAUCUAAAUUUAGAACACAUAUUGUGAAAUAACAUUGACAUUCUAGUCUUUGACUUUAUUUGAAUCCGCAAAUAUGUUGACAAUUUUGUUAGCUUGUCUCCUUGUGAUCUUAUACAUAAAGUGUACGAAUACAAUAACACUAAACUGUACAUUAUUAAUAUACUUUGAAAAUUGCAGGAAAAAUACAAGAUCAUACAUUUAUUUUCACUGUCAUAUUCUAAUAUGUAAUGUUUAUUAUACUGCCUUGUCAUUUGGUAUAUUCAAUCGAUGCGACAUAAUGUAGAGGAAGCGUUUCUUUCAGCAUUUAGUUUAGAUUUUGAUAGUUUAAUGGGGUUUGUUGUUGGUGUUGUUGAUCUGUUGUUCGGUAAUGAUUGUUUGUUAACUGGAAGGUGAUUUGGUUAUACAAUGUUUAAUGUAUUUCUCAUUGCCACGGUCAUGGUUGGUGUGAUUCUUCUCAAAUUAAAGUUAAAGUACCACCAA